AUGUCUAGAGACUCUGUCUCAUAUGCUGCAGAGGAUUUAUCUUCUCAGGAAGAUCCCAUCCCAUCUCUGAGAGUAGAUACAGUGUUUCCCUGUUCUAUAGAUGCCAGAUGUUUUGCACAGAACACAAACCUUAUUACUCAUCAGCCAGCUAAAGCAGAUGAGAGGCGAUUCCCAUGUUCUGAGUGUGGUAAAUGUUUUACAUAUAAAUCGGCUCUUGUUACACAUCAGAGAAGUCACACAGGUGAGAGGUUAUUUCGAUGUUCUGUGUGUGGCAAAUGUUUUUCAUCGAAAUCAAUUCUUGUUAGACAUCAGAGCAGUCACACAGGUGAGAAGCCAUAUUCCUGUUCUGAGUGUGGGAAAUGUUUUACACAGAAAACAGCUCUUAUUGGACAUGAGAGAAGUCACACAGGUCUUGUUGCACAUCAGAGAACUCACACAGGUGAGAAGCCAUUUCCAUGUUCUGAGUGUGGGAAAUGUUUUGCACAGAAAUCAGCUCUUGUUGAACAUGAGAGAAGUCACACAGGUGAGAAGCCAUAUUCCUGUUCGGAGUGUGGGAAAUGUUUUGCAACUAAAUCAUUUCUUGUUAUACACCAGAGAAGUCACACAGGUGAGAAGCCGUAUUCCUGUUCUGAGUGUGGGAAAUGUUUUGCACAGAGAUCACAUUUUGUUAUUCAUCAGCAUGCUCACACAGGUGAAAGGCCAUUUUCCUGUUCUGAGUGUGGGAAAUGUUUUGCACAGAGAUCACAUUUUGUUAUUCAUCAGCAUGCUCACACAGGUGAAAGGCCAUUUUCCUGUUCUGAGUGUGGGAAAUGUUUUGCACAUAAAUCAGUUCUUGUUAGACAUCAGAGAAGUCACACAGGUGAGAAGCCAUUUUCCUGUUCUGAGUGUGGGAAAUGUUUUGCACGGAAAUCAGCUCUUGUUACACAUCAGAGAAGUCACACAGGUGAGAAGCCAUUUUCCUGUUCUGAGUGUAGGAAAUGUUUUGCACAGAUAUCAUCUCUUGUUAUACAUCAGAGAAGUCACACAGGUGAGAAGCCAUAUUCCUGUUCUGAGUGUGGGAAAUGUUUUGCACGGAAAUCAGAUCUUGCUCCACAUCAGAGAAGUCACACAGGUGAGAAGCCGUAUUCCUGUUUUGGGUGUGGGAAAUGUUUUGCAUAUAAAUCAAAUCUUGUUACACAUCAGAGGAGUCACACAGGUGAGAGGCCAUUUUCAUGCUGUGAGAGAAAUAAAUCCGCUCUUGUUGAACACAUUAGACAUUACCCAAGUACGGAACCAUUUACAUCUUCUGGAGUAUAAUUAUCACUGUCGUCCAAUGUUCCUCAAGGGUGAAUCCUAUCUCCUAUGCUUUAUAAAAUAUACAUGCUACCACUGGGUGAUAUAAUCAGACAUCAUGGCCUGGUCUACCACUGCUAUGCUGAUUACCUGCUUUUUGCUCCAUGUACU